AUGACCUCUACCACUCCUUUGAUAACAGUAUUUGGUGCGACUGGCAACCAAGGUGGUUCUGUCGCUCGCUCAUUGCUGAAAAAUCCCGGUUUCAAGGUUCGGGCACUCACUCGAAACCCCAACUCUGAUGCCAGUCAGAAGCUGGCACUCCAGGGUGCCGAGAUUCACCAGGCAGAUGGCUUUGAUUUAGAGUCUAUGGUUUCUGCAUUUGCAGGCUCGUGGGGCGCUUUUGUCAAUAUCAACUCGGACGACAAGUCGGUCAAGGAAAAUUACCUGGCCGAGAUCGACUUGGGUAAGAUCAUUGUUGAAGCAGCAGCAGAGGCUGGAGUGCGUCAUUUCCUCUUCAGCACUGCACCAAACAGCUUUGAGGUCUCUGGCGGGAAGGCUAUAGAGAAGUCCGCCCAGUCAAAGUAUGAGAUUGAGCAGUAUGCCCGAAGCAUAAGCGGCUUUGAAACCAUCAGUUUUAUCUCUGUCGCAUGGUUUCUAGAGAUGUUUGCUUCCAAGGAGAUUGCAGCCGUCUUUGGCGGAUUUCCUCACCUGCCCGAUUCCGAAGGAUACUUGAGCUUUGUCGCACCCAAAUGGGGUGGCAAAGAAGACGUGCCCUUUAUGAGUGUAUCGGAUGACCUGGGGGACAUUGUGCACGGCAUGUUCCUUGACCCUUGGCGAUGGAAUGGCGAGGUUGUUUAUGGCUGCAGCGACAUUUGCAGCUUUGACGAUCUUGUAUUAUCUUUUGAAAAAGUGACUGGACGCAAGUCCCGCUUCCAGCCACUUGGAUCUUGGCAAGAAUUUGAUACUCAUGGAGUUCCCAGCCUGGAGGAAGCCAAGAAUCUGUUUGGAAUGACGCAGGAAAGUGGAGGACUGUAUUUUGGACCUAAGCCCUCCGAGAAGCAGACUUCCUUGGAACUCAAGCAAAAGACUGCCCUGACACUAGGCCUACCCAAGGAGGAACAGGAGUUGAUGACAGUCGAAUCUUGGUUCCGUAAGUACUCUCCCUCGUGGUAA